AGCACCGCGAGGGGGGUGAGGGCCGGCGGGGGAGCGCUCCCGGAGCUCGCUGCGGCCGAAGAGCGGCGGGGGAAGCGGCGGGUCCGGCCGCCUGCGGCCGCGCUCAUUGUCCAGCCGCGGCCACCGCCGCCAUUCAAGAUGGCGCCCGCCGGCCCCUUCUUCCUCCUUCGCCUCCCCCCCUCCUCCCCCCGGGCCUCCGCAGCCAAUCGGCGGCUGCGCCCGCCCCCCGCGUGACCCGCCGGCUAAUCAGCGCGCAGCGGGCGGCGGCGCCGGCCAAUCAGCGCCGAGACGGCCGCGCGCAUCGGGUGAGGCGCUCGGCGGAAGGCCGGGAGGGGCGGGGAGCCCUGCCGUUGAUUGAUGCGGCGCUCGGCCAAUCGCACCCGUUCCCCGCCUGUGCCUCCGCCCAAUGAGGCAGCGGUGGGGCGGGGCGGGGCGGUUGGGUGACGUCAGCUCGCGGGGCGGCCAAUGGCGAGGCGGCUCUCGUCUAUAUAAGGGCGGGCGGGGGCAGGCCGAGCGGCGCCAUUUCGCGGGGACGAAGGGACGGAGCGGGUCGGGCCCGGCGCGCGAGGGGGGGCGGCCCCAACCCGGCUCCAUCCCCCGCCUCCGCCGUCCCGGAGGGCUCCGGGACCCUCCCCGGACCCUCCCCGGCCUCCGCAGCGACCCCUGCCUGCGGCCACCGGCGGCGAGGGGGACGCCUCCGCCCGGCUUCUUUUCCACCACCUUCCUCCCUCCCCCCCCCCCACUCGCUCCUUCCCUCAGCGAGCCAAGAUGGAGCGCGGCCGCUGAGAUCCCCGCUACGAUAUCCGCCGUCAUCCGCCGCUCCGAGCGCGGAUCCGCGCCUCCUUCUUCCCUCCCGCGGCCGCCGGCGGUUCGCAGCGACUCGGCCGGGGUUGUAUCGAGCGGAUCGCGCCGCGUUCGGCGGGUCCGGUGAGGCUCCGAAGGGACGAUUCCCCCCCAGGCCGCCUCCAUCAUCCCCGCUCAGCUCUGUCCGUGUGUGGUGCCCCCCCCCCUCCGUUGCAUCCCCUCAGAGCGCGCCGCCAUUUUCGCCGCGCCCCGUGGAUGUGAGGCCGAGCUCGGCUCUUUCCUCCUCCUCCGCCGCUGCUGCCGCCGCUUGAGGAGCUCGGAAAGGGGAGGGGGCUCCCGGCAAGACCCCCCUCCCCUGGUACCGGGGAUGCGCUGACGCUGGAGAGGCCCAGAGCGGGCCGGGAGCGGAGAAGCUUUGACCGGGCAAAGUGGGGGGCUCGUCGGAGGAGACGGCGGGAGGAGGAGGAGGAGGAGGAGGAGACGAAGGCCGGGCGGGCCCGCGGGCCGCAGCAGCAGCCGCCGGGAUGUUGCAGAAUGUGAAUCCCCAGAGCAAGAUUUUGGGCGAGGGCAAUGCCGCCCUCAUGGCUUUGGCCAGCACGGACUCGACGCCGGGCAAACGCAUCCGCAAACCCUCCCUGCUCUACGAGGGCUUCGAGAGCCCCACCAUGGCCUGGGUGCUUUAGGAGCGCUGGGCUUUGCUCCAGCCUGGCUUUAGGAGCGGUUUUAGCCACGGAAUCGCGGAUUUAGGAUCGGUUCUAGACUCAGUUUUAGCGCUAUUUAGGAUCGGUUUCGCCUGGAUUUAGGAUCAGUUUUAGCAGUGGAAUUACGGAUUUAGGAGCGGUUUUAGCGUUUAGGAGCAGUUUUAGGAGUGGAAUUGCAGAUUUAGGAGCGGUUUUAGCAGUGGAAUUGCAGAUUUAGGAGCGGUUUGAGCCUUUAGGAUCGGUUU